ACAAUCCACAACAAUCCGUCCUCUAUUUCCUUCUUCAAUAACCACCGUCUCCCCCACCUCCGGAUUACUUCUGUUCGAUGUACACAAAUACAGUCAGCUCCCUCGGAGUGCGACGGUCCACAAGACUCAAUGAGAUGCUCGCAGGAGGGCUUUCUUUCCCCAGCCGCGGUCGACUCGUUGCAAGUUGGGCCUCGGUGUGGGACAAUGAAAGUCACAUCAAAGAGAUAUGCGUCGAAGGCUGA